AAUGAAGCAGAAAACUUUGGAAACCCCUUCAGUGUUAGGUGUCGAAAAAGAGUCGCAGAGUAAGUUCUUGAAGGAAGACUUGAAAGAUUCCUCAGAAAAAUGUGAUACUCAACAGGUAUCUAGUGAAGAAGCUACUGAAACAGCCAGUCUCACCCAAAAACCAGAAACUCUAGUAACAUCACCUGCCAAGGAGCUUAAGACUGGUGUGGAAACAGGAGUCAGCAAGGUUUUUAAAGAAAAAGAUGCACUGGAGGAAAUAGCUAUGGGGGAACAGUUUCUUCCUUCAACAGUCACUGAAACAAAACCAGCUGAUGUGGACCCUGUGUGUCUGGACAUAUCACAAAAUGUUACAGACAGAAAAGCCACUACCAUUGUAAAACCACAAGUUACUGUAAAAGGAGAGAAACUUUUUGAAAGCUUGUCCAAGGAAAAGAAAAUUGUUACUGCUGAAAUAAGUAGAACAGAGCACCACUCAGUAACUAAGAAAUCUCCGUUCAAAUCACAAGUUGUAGAGCCAUCUGUUACAAAGCUGCCGACAGCUGAUGCAGAAAGGCUUCAAAGUACAUCAGCUGCAAAUACAGGAUCAUUUUUAAAUAAACAAAAGCCCUCUAUUGUUGCACCCAGAGCUCUGAAACAGUUGAUGGAUGCUUAUGGUGAUGAGGAGUCACAGGAUUCUGAAGAGCUUUCUGAAAUAUAUUCAGAGAAAUCAAGCUCUUAUGGCCAAUCAAUUGAAGAAAAGGUCUCUGACAAAAUUUCUCAAGACUUUGCAUACAAGUUGGUUGAGAAAUCUGUCAAAGUAGAUGCAACUUCAUCUCAAAAAAUUCAGAGUGUACAAGGGAGUAAAGGAACAGAAGAGGGCGAAAACAUCUCGACCAGUCCUGGACCUAAGUCCUCCAUUGAUUUACUGGAAGGUAGGGGCAUACAAGGAGCACCAGUUGUCUCCGAAGCAUUACUGCCUUUGGAACAGAAACAAAAAACCGAUGGUGUGCCGAAGGCAAAAAGUCAGCUUCCUGAAAAAGUUGCAGUAAAUAAAUCCGGCACAAUUAGUUCUGUACUCCCAGCUUCAAGUAUCAGUAAAGAGAAGGAUAAAACAUCACAGCAGGAUAAAGUGGAGACCAGUGAGGUCACUGUAGAUAUAGAUCGCCCUUCCACAAGUUCAUUGGAAGCAUCACCAACUAUUGGUAAAAGGAAACCACCGUCAACUGUAAUUGAGAGUGAAUCAGAUGUUUUGCAGAAAAUGUCAGCAUUUAAUAAGCAGGCAAAUGUCUCUUCUCCAAUAGUUGAAAGUAAGGAAUCUAAAAAAACAAAACUUUCAGUGGCAGGUGCAAAAGAAACUGAUGAAGCUGUGUCAAAAAAAUCACAAAAUAUACAACCCUCUGCAAUGGAUAAUACAGACAUUAUGUUGACAGAACCCUCAAAGACAGACAUUUCUAAAUCAGCUGGUAAAAUGCAACCAGAGUUGAUUGACAGCAAGAGACAGGAAGACAAAACGAAGUCAAGUGUGGCGGUGUUUGAAGACAUAUCUCCAUUAGUUGAAGAAGUGGUUAAAAAGGCUGUAGCUGAAAAGAAGGAUCCUGAAUCAAAUUUAAAAAUUAUCUCAGAAACUCUUGGAGAUAAGAAAGAGCACGCUGUAGUAAAAGAAAAGAAUACUGAGGGUUCUGAUGCUCCUUCUGAUAAUAGAAAAGUGCCAGAGACAGUAAAGGUGACAUCAAAGGAGAAAUCAGAAAAGGGUCCGAAAGAAAACAAGGAGAAAACUCCAAUGCCACAGAAUGACAAUGAAACAGGAACUUCACCAUCUGAGGCAGAUGUUAAAUCAAAGGCUUCAGAGCGAUCUAGUAAACGUGACACAAAAGUAAGUGAAGCUGAAACAGUGAGUGCAGGAGCGGGUCAACCUAAGGAGAUUGUUCCAGAACCAACUCGAGAAUCAUCUGAAGAAACAGACCGCAGGAAAAUUACUUCAGUGGUAACAUCUGUCAAACAAAAAUGUGAAACUUCAGCAUCAGUACCUGAACGUAAAUGUUCCACAGAUGGACCAAAGGCACCUCCAAGGCACACUGAACCAAAGGCUAGCACGAUUCAUGCAGAACAAUGUUUCCCUCAGAUAGUGGAACAGAAAACUGAGCCUUUGAAAAGAAAGCAAACAGUUGUUGAGAAGCUGCAGAAAGCUGCUGUUGUGGAAGCAAAAGACGCAAUAAAACGACCUGAAAUGAGGCUCAGUGUUCAGUCUGUGAAGGAGGAAACUGAAAUUAAUUCCAGAGCCAAGAAGGAAAUGCUGAGCACACUAGUGCAAGCUAAUGAAUCACAUAAAAGUCCUCCAGAAACAGAGAAUGUGCAAAUGAAAGAAGAAACUAGAGAGCCAUUGCCAGCAACAGAAGCAAAGGACACUGUUAUCAAAGCUGAAAUGAAACAUAGUGCUCAUCCUACAGGUAGAAAGCUGACUCUUUCACUGGAAGAAACAGCAAGUCAUUCUGCAGAUGCUAAAGAAAAACUGAGUACUCUGUCUCCAACAGGUAAAGUGGAGAGAAUUCCAUCAGGGCCUGCUGAUAGAGAAGCUAAAGCUAAUCUAAAACCAUUGCCACCAAAAACUGAAUCGCUUGCUCCUGAAGCUGAAUUAAAAUCAGUUGAACAAUCACAAGAAGAGAAGUGGCCAGCAUCCCCAACCAAAGUUGAAAUUAGGUCUGCUAUCACCAUGGAAAAAUUGAGUGUGUUACCAGCCCAAACUAUUGAAAAAAUUCCACAAAAGAGUAUGGAUGUGAGAAUGGAAGCAAUUCAGAAUGCAACUAAAGAAAAAAUAUUUGGGUCUGAAUUAAAAACUGAUGCUGUGCCUGUGGAGCAAAAGAGGGCUAUGGUGGCACGGAAAAGUGAAAUUAGUCAUUUCGCUGCCAAAGAAAAUGUUAGCACCUUACCAGCGAUAGAUGCAACAGAAAAAAAAUUGCCAAAAAUCUCUGGCACUAAAGUAAUUGAAGGGAAGCAAAAACCAAUUUACACAGAGGUAAAAUCAACUGUACCUAAACUUGAAUUGAAACCAAAAGGGCAUCAUGAAAAGAUUCAGAUGCCUCAGUCAUCAAAACCAGGUGUUCUUAAGUCUGGAUCAGUAAAGGAAAAUCCUCUAACAAUAUCACAUGCAAGCAAAAUGGGGAAAAUUUCAUCUGAAAGUUCUGAUACUGAAAUGGCCAAAGAAAAACAGACAUCUGUUCCAAAACAGGUUAAAGCAUCAGUGCCCAGUUCUGAAUUAAAAUCUGCUGCACUGCACAAAAAAGAAGAGGUGGAAUCUUCCUCCAAAAAGAAAACAGAAACUAAGUCUGAUACUGUUGAGGAGAAAGCAAGUCUGUCAUUGGUGAAAGCUCUCAGCACAGAUUCUGUAGACAGAGUUGAAAACAACUCAGUUAUACAAACCACAGAAGUUUCUGAGAAGCUUGAUAAUGUUUCUCUAACAGUAAGACCACCCGUUUUGUCACCAUCAGAACAGAGAAAACCACAAACUGGUGAAAAAGAAAUAAUUAAACAGAAGAAUGGCUCAAAGGAGCAAAGAGAGAAAGAAGACAAGACUGAGAGUCAAAUACCAGCUGCCAUUAAAGAAGAUUCUUUGAGUGUAACUGUAGGCUCAAAAGAUCCAGAGUUAAUUUCUUCUCUGGCAAAUCUGAAUGUUAUAUCUACAAGCAAAAUAGAUAAUAAGGGGAUGCCUUUGGUUAAGGACGGGGGUAGUUCAGAAAUAAGUACAUCAGAAACUCUUGUUGUCUGUUCAGAGGACGUUUCACAUAAAGUCGUGCCGGAGGUGUCUGCUAAGAAAAUUGAAACAGAGCAAGGUGCUAGUGUGAAAGAACGGCAAAUAACAGGGUCUUCAGUGUCAAGCUGGAAACCAGUUGCUUCAAAAGGGGUUUCUGAUCUUCAUGAGUUAACUGAGACAGAAAGAGUGGAGAAGCUUCUGCCCAAAACAGAGGAAGAAAAGUUAGUUCCAGAUAGUGUGAGGGGUGAAGCAACAAAGCCUGCAACAAAUCUUGCAGCUCUCAAGGGAAAGCCACAGACUUCCAAAGAAACAGAAACAAUAACUGAAUAUGCUCAAGCGACCAACACGACAGCUGUUGAGGACAGGAUGAAGACCAAACCUGAAGACAUUUGUGGUGGUCAAGAGAAAUCGGUGAAGAUGUCAGAGGAUGUAACUGCCGUGUUGUCUUCAAAGGAGUCUUUGAAUAAAGAAAGAUUGAAGGAUGCUGCAGAGAAAGUUAAAGUUGAAACUAAAUUAGAGGAAAAGAAAGGUGAAAGAAGUAAAAUAGAAGAGACAGUGUUGAAAACAAAGGAAGAUGACAAUGUCUCAAAGUCUGAUGAGAAAUCUGAUGAAGCAAAGUAUGAUGACAAAGGAGAUUUUAAGUUGAGACAUGCUGAGGUUAAACAUUCAGCAUCUGGCCCACUUAUGGUAAAUACAGACGCCUGUGUUACUAAAGAUAAGAAACAGACCACAAAUGAGACAGAGACGAUAACCAUCACAAAGAAUGAAAAAGCAGAUGUAGUGAAAGGUAAGCCUAGUGUGUUGAAGGUAUUUGCAGGGAAAAAGUUUCUACAGGAAAGUGUUGUGACUGAAAAAAGUGAUGAAAAAGAAGAUACUGAUUCUCAUGAAACAAGUGAUGACUUGAAAUUUGUUGACAAACAUGAGGAAGUCACCACAGGUGAUGAAAAGGCUUUAGAAGUGUUAAAACCUUCGCCGGAAGCUUCUGUUGUAGUUGAGAAAGCUGAGGGUAUGCGUUUUCUGUUGGACAAUGUGCCCAAAGUUGAUACUGAAGAGAAACUGAAGCACUCUGAAAAAACCCUAAAGAAAGUUGUAAGCUUAGAGGAGGCUCUGCCAUCAGAUGAAGGUCAAGAAAAGAAAACAGAUUCAUACAUGAAGGAUUCCAAGUUGAUGGGUGAAGAGAAAUUGACAGAUACUUCAAUUUUGAAGGAUACAGAGAGCACUGGUAAGCAAGUUGACACAGCAGUAACAAAGUCUGAUUCAUCACUUGAACACAGUGGAAGCAAAGCAGAUAAGUCUGGGAAGAAGUCAGUCAAUGAGAAGGAAAUUGCUCGAGAAGAAUCACUCGAUCAAGCACAGUUGGCCAAAAAUAAAAAAGGCUUUGUACAAACUAAAGAGCCUGUGAGUAGGAAACAGGAAGAGGAUAAAUUGGGGAAGAAACCAGCUGAUGAGAAGGAAGGUGCUCAACAACUUGGACCUCAUCGUACUGCUGAAAAUAAACAGAAAGAAGAUAAAUUAGCAAAGAAAUUGAUAGACCAGAAGGAAUAUUCUCAGGAACUCAGACCGGAACAAGCCACUGAAAAUAAACAGGAAGAGAAUAAGCCAGAAAAGAAACCAGUCGACAAGAAAAAAGGUGACCAAGAACUCAGGUCAGAUCGCACCACUGAAAAUAAACAGGAAGAGAAAGACAAAUUGGGAAAGAAACUAGUUGACAAGAAGGAAAUUAAUCAAGAACUCAAAGAUCAGGCUAUUGAAAAUAAACAGGAAGAGGAUAAGCCAGCAAAGAAGCCAGCUGACAAGAAAAAAGGUGACAAAGAAGUCAGACCAGAUCAGAUCAGUGAUGACAAACAGGAAGAGGGGGGCAAAUCGAUAAAGAAACCAGUCAGCAAGGAGGAAGUUAGUCAAAGACCAGUUCAGGCUACUAAAGAUAAACAGCAAGGUGACAGGUCAGUAAAGAAACCGGCUGACAAGAAAAAAGGCGACCAAGAGAUCAGACCUGGUCAAGCCACUGAAAAUAAACAGGAAGAGGAGGACAAAUUGGAAAAGAAACCGGUUGACAAGAGGGAAUUUAGUCAAGAACUCGGAGAAGAUCAGGCUACUGGAACAAAAAGGCUAGAGGGUAAGUCAGGAAAGAAACCAGCUGACAACAAGAAAGGCAACCAAGAACUCAGGGUAGAUUAUAUCCCUGAAAACAAACAUGAAGGGAAGGACAAAUCUACAAAGAAACCAAUUGACAAGGAGGAAGUCAUUCAAGAACUCGGAGAAAAUCACACUACUGAAAGUGAACAAAAAGUGAAUACGUCAGUAAAGAAACCAGUUGACGAGAAAAAAGGUGAACAAGAUCUCAGACCAGAUCAGAUCACUGAAAAUAAACAGGAAGAGGAGGACAAAUCGAUAAAGAAACCAGUUGACAAGGAGGAAAUUAGUCAUGAACUCGAACAAGAUCAGGCAACUGAAAAUAAGCAGCAAGUGGGUGAGUCAGUGAAGAAACCAGUUGAUAAGAAAAAAUGUGACCAAGAACUCGGAGUUGAUCACACCACUGGAAGUAAACAGGAAGAGGAGGACAAAUUGGGAAAGAAAACAGUUGACAAGAAGGAAAUUAGUCAAGAACUCGGACAAAAUCAGACAAAUGAAAAUAAACAGCAAGAGGGUAAGUCAGUAAAGAAACCAGUUGACAAGGAAAAAAGUGAUCAGGAACUCAGACCAGAUCAGAUCAGUGAAAAUAAAUGGGAAGAGGCGGCCAAGUCAAUAGAGAGACCCCUUGAUGAGGAAGAAGGUAGUGAAGCACUCAGACCAGAUCAGGUUACUGAAAAUAAACAAGUAGUAGUUAAGUCAGUAAAGGAACAAGUUGAUAAGAAGCAAGGUGACCGAGAAUUCAGACCAGAUGAGAUUACUGAAAAUAAAAUAGAAGAGCAGAAGUCAGGAAAGGAACCAACUUACAAGAACAAAGGUGACCAGAAACUCAGAUCAGAUCAUACUACUGAAAAUAAACAGGAGGAAGAGGAGAAAUCGAGAAAGAAAUCAGUCGACAAGGAGGAAGAUAGUCAAGAAGCCAGACCUGAUCAGGCUGCUGUGAAUAAACCGAAAGAGGAAAAGUCAGUAAAAAAACCAGUAGACAAGAAAAAAGGUGACCGAGAACUCAGACCAGGUCAGACCACCGAAAACAAACAGGACGAGCAGGAAAAAUUGAGAAAGAGACCAGUUCACAAGGCGGAAUUUAGUCAAGAGCUCAGUCAAAGUGAUGCUAUUGAAAAUAGACUGGAAGAGAAUAAAAAAGUAAAGAAACAGCUUGGCAGGAAAAAAGGUGAACAGGAGCUUGGACCAGAUCAGACCACAGAAAAGAAGCGAGAAGAGGAGAACAAAUCGGGAAAGAAACCAGUUGAAAAGAAGGAAGGUAGUCAAGAAUUCAGACAAUAUCAGGCUACUGAAAAUAAACAGGAAGAAGCAAAGUCAGUAAAGAAACCACUUGACAGGAAAAAAGGUGACCAAGAAAUUGGACCACAUCAAGCUACUGAAAAUAAACAAGAGGAGGAAGAGAAAAUGAAAAAGAAAGCAGUCGACAAGAAGGAAGUUGGUCAAGAAUUAAGACUAGAUCAGGCUACUGAAAAUGAACAUGAGGAGAACAAGUCAGCAAAGAAACCACUUGAAAGGAAAAGAGGUGACCGUAAACUCAGACCAGAUCAGACCACUGAAUACGUACAGGAAGAGGCCAACGAAUCAGGAAAGAAACUGGUUGACAAGAAGGAAGUUAGUCAAGAACUCGAACAAGAUCAGGCUACUGAAAAGAGACAGAAAGAGGAUAAGUCAGGAAAGAAACGAGUUGACAAGAAAAAUGAUGACCAAGAACUAAUACCAGAUGAGAGCAAUGAGAAUAAACAGGAAGAGGAGGACAAAUUAAUAAAGAAAUCAGAUGACAAAAAGAAAGUUGGUCAAAAACUCAGACGGGAUCAGGUUACUGAAAACAAACAGGAAGAAGAUAUGUCAGGAAAGAAACCAGUUGACAAGAAGGAAAAUGCCCGAGACUUUGUAUUAGAUAAGGCUGCUGAAAAUAAAAAAGCUGCUGCAGACAGUCAUGCAUCUCUGAGUAGUCAAAAAGAAGGGGAGGGUAAGUCAGCGAAAAAACCUCAUGACAAGGAAGAAAUUGCUCGAGAACUUGAACCAGCUCAGUCUGUCAAAAUUAAAAAAUCCACUGGAGAUAUUGAUCUAUCUUUGGAUAGUUCACAGGAAGUGGGGACACCUGCGAUUUCUCUCAGCAAAACUGAAUCUCACGACGCGAAAAGUAAGUCCGUGAAAACAAUUCCUGCAAAAGAUGUGGAAAUCAAAGAGCAGGCAAAGGAACUUAUUAUUGAGGCAGACAAACAGGAUGCUGCUGUGGAUUCUGAUGGCAAUAUCUCCACUUCUGUUUCAAAGGUCAGUGUUCCAGAAGUCCAGGCACUUGAAAAAUCUGAAACUGGGCGGAGCCCUUCACCGACAAAAUCAUCUCUAAAACGUAGAAGAGAUAGAUCUCACAGUGAACCGAUAGACAAGGAUAGUAAAGGUGAUGAUGAGAAGCCAAGUGCAAAACUGUUGAAGACAGACAGUUCAGCAUCACAAGAGAAAAUAAUCUUGAGAGUGAGAACGCAAAGUCUCUCUUCUGAUGGAGACAGCAGAAAAUCACCCAUGGACCCAGCCACAUAUUCUCCAAAAUCUGCAGCAAGUACAGGGAACAAAAGUGCCGAAGAACCUACAGUUCCGAAGCUGACAAUAAAAAUACCGAAAGCCGACGAUACUGUGGCAAGUCUGAAAACGGAGAAAUCUGAAAGGAGCAGUCCGAAACAUCAAAAACCGGUGGAUCUGGAAACUGUUCAUAGUGAGCUAUCUGCUGAAGAAAGUAAGAGAGGGAAAGUAGCGUUAAAGAUAAGUAUACCAGCAGAAAAACCAUCUGAAGAAUGCAGGCAGUCACCAAAAUUAGAGAAACUAACCAUUAAGAUACCUAAGCAAGGAGAAGGAAAACAUUCUGAACCGUAUAUUGACUCACCCAGGUCAAGAGAGGAAGGGAGGGUGGAAAAAUUGACACUGAAAAAGGUGAAAGGUCACUUUUCACCUGUUACAAAAGAUGAUAGUCUGCAAGGAGAAUCUAAAACUGAAAAAUUUCACAAAAAAGUGCCAAAAAGUGAUGGGGCCAGUGUAUCAUUUGCAGAGGAAGAGAAUAAGGAAGUGGGAACUAAUGAUGGCGGACUGCUGCUACAAAUUGCGAAAGUAGCAGAUGUAAAGCAGACGAGUAGUAAUCUUCCAGAAGCAUCAGUUGAGGGAGAACCGAAGGUGGAAAAGUUAACACCGAAAGUAACGACUGAGGCAAAAAUGUUGGAAGCUACCAGUACUGAUGCUACUGCAAAAGAAAUAGUUAAAACAGAAAAAGUAAUUACAAAACCCUUGAAGUCAGCUGAUAGCAUAGCAAUUGAAGCAACAGCAGAAACUGAAGAACCCCAAGUAGACAAAUCCUCAUCAAAAACAAGAAAAGCGGCACAAGCAUGUCUCACAGUUUUGGCAACAGAGACAAAAGACGAUGAAAUUGCAAUAGAAAAACCCUCGCAAAAAAUGUUGAAACAGAGAGAAACCUCUGCAUCUCCUGCAGCAGAAAUUGAAGAAGGAAGGAAAAUGGAGAAAUUGACUCUGAAGUUUUCUAAAGACUUGGAAAGCAAGAGCAGCUUUAGAGUUUCCUCUCCUGUUCCAAAGGAAGAUGGAGGGAAAAUUGAGAAACUCUCACCAAAAGUGACAAGAGCAUCAGAGACAAGUGCGACUUCUAGUGCUCAGAAACGGCACGAGACUGAAGUGCAGCACGGAAAUUCUGAUAAGAAUAAGCGUCCAAAAUUACAGACGCGCAGUGAAGCUACAAUGGUUAAAGACUCUGAAAGACAAGAAGAAAUGCAUGUUGAGAAUUUACCAUUAAAAGGUAGAGGAGCCUCUGGGGCAAGUACUGCCAAAGGCAAACACCCACUGGUGCAAAAGGACUCUCCGAAGAAGGAAAAUGUCACUGCUCGUCCGGCAUCGCCACAUAAGGUGAAGGACAAACAUAGAAAAUUGAGUACAGAAGCUGAAACUACUGGAGAUGACAAAGGAAUGAAGUUGGUGUCGGCUGCUGUAAAAAUAGAGGAAUCAGUUACAGAAAUUUCUGUGGCAACUUCAUCUUCCAAAGAAUGUGAAGAACGUGAAGAAACUUCAGAAAAGCUGCCUACAAAUUUGGAAGCACCAGUUGUAGAAAGUGGAAAGCACGAGGUCUCAUCAUUCGAGGAAAUUGGAGAAGGAAAUCGAGAGGACACGAGGGAGCCAGAAGAUCUUUUGACACUGAUUUCUAAACAAGAAUCUGAACAUACCCUAAUGUCACAGUUACCGGUGAUAAUAGAUGUCAGAAGUGAACAGGAAACGGGAUCACUGUCAUCUGUCGAUGACGUGCAAAGUAUUGGAAGACUCUCAGAUUCACAAGAUUUUGAUGUCAUAGAAUCUGAAGAAAUCGUACGAGGCACAAACAAACAGAAGGGAACAGAAGUUUCAGAAACAAAAGAGCGCCAGGGCUCCAGAGCCGGAAUAAGUGACAGCCGUGUACACGAAUCGUCAGCCCGCAAGAGAAGUGUGUCACCACUGCAGUCUAUCCUCAAAGAAGCACUUGCAAGAGAACAACCUGUUACAUCGGUAGCUCAUUCUGAACGAUCUAAAGCUUCCCUUGUGAAGGGUGAAAAAGUAAGUACUUCUUCCUCAGAAAGAAAAGUGGCAAAGGAACAGGUUCCAGCUAAAGGGGCAAAGAUGGCAGGAGAAGUCAGUAAAUCGGUGCAUGUCAGCAGUGCAGCUAGCCGUGAAAUAAAGAGUGGUGAUGGCACACAUUCUAAACUGGAAAUUUUCGAAGUUAAGAGUGGAGCGCUCCAUAAUCGAGAUAGGGUAGCUGCCAGACAGAAACGGGCAAGCUCAGGUGAGCAGAUACUAGAGCGGGAAGUGAGAGUGCAAAAGCUUAACCCGAAGCAAAAAGCUCUUCUGUCUCCAAAGCAGAAGCAGAGUGCUUCAGCAAUGGAACUCGGUGACUCGACAUCCUCGAGAGCUGAACACUCCAGCAAUCUUGAGAAAAUGGCACCAAGACUGCCGACGGCAGAUAUACCCAAGUUGCUGAAGAUACCAGGAAGACAGAAGAGACUCGCCGGUUCUUUGUUAUCACCACCGCCAGCAAACCAGAAUCAGCAAUCUACUGUGAAAGUGAUAGAACUGGGUGAUAUCGAUGACGGUGAGUCACCAUCGACCAGGAAAAAGAGAGAGUCUGAUCUGGAGAGUAUAGAAACCAUACGCACAACCACUCCUAUAGCCAGGAAGCUCUCGCGCUCGUCUAGGUCCUCUGUCGAAUCUGUUGAAGACACCUCUCCUAGUAAGAAGUUGCGCCUGGAAACAGAAGCAGGCUCACCGCCUCCCGCCAGCUCAGCUCCCCACAAACGACAGUCCCUGUCGCCGGCAGCAGCACAUGUGCCUGUGAAGAGGCAGCGGGGAUCCUCCGGACCUUCUGGCGACACUCCAGACGAGCCCCUGGAAGUGGUCCCUCCUGCUGCAGGUGUGGAACGCCUCCGCGCUGUACUGGGUCCUGACAUGUCUAUCAGUCUGGCGGGCCAUAGGACACCCACGCACGACGAGUCCUCCGGUGCUUCGUCUGAGGAUGUACAGAUAAUAGAGGUGGUGGAAAGGCAGCCGCUCAAACCACCCCAACCGCCCCCAGUUGAUGCCUUUGAUGACAAUAGCUCACAGGAUGUGAUCAUUGUCGAAGAGGUGGGCACACCAAUGCCACCAGCUCGUAUGCCAGAAAUGCCGACACGUGGUGGUAAGAGAAUGAGAGGCCGACCUCGGCGAAUGAGUGUGCAGCCCACGAGCCCUGUCUCGCGCCACCACGAGGAGCCGGUGCUGCCACCUGCCCAGCAAGUCCCAGAUCCCGGCUUGACGGCCUCCGGAAGGCCAAAAAGGUCGUGCCGUGGCCGUGAGCUUCCUUUCGUCGAAAAGAAGAAGACCCGUGCUAGAGGUGGCGGUCGCAGACGCAGAGGUGACACACUCGCAGAUCAUCGUCCAGGUGGUCUGUCUGAGUUUGCACGCAGCUUCUCUGGGUCUCUCUCUCCAACCAGCAUCUCUGGUGCUAUUCCACACGAAAUGUUACCACAGCCGGCGAAGAAGAGCUUCACGUUGGGUGACAAGUCUCCUUCCGGGCUAUCCAGGUCGGGUGCUAUUCCACAAGAAACGUUGCCGGAGCCGGUGAAGAAGAGCUUUGCAUUAGGCGAGAAGUCUCCUCCCACACUACCCAGAUCCAGUGCUAUUGCACAUGAAGCGUUACCAGAGCCGGGGAAGAAGAGCUUCGCAUUGGGCGAGAAGUCACCUCCUGCGCUACUCAGGUCGCCUCCUGGCCUGCUGUCUCCUCCGAGGGUGAAGUCCCCUGAACCCAAGUCACCCCCAUCGAAGCACCAGAAGGCAGGGCCAGGAAAGAAGUCCGCCGCCACUGCUAGGCGAGCGUCACUGGUGGCUGCAGAAAAGGAGGCACUACCAGCAGAUUCCGAGGCAGUCACUGAAACGACUCGAAGAAGGUCAACAGAGACGAGGGAAAUGCAGCCUGCGGACGGAGAGCCGACUGCGGCAACUCCAGAUGUGAUCGUCGAACCUCGCACCCCUGAGCCUACUGUUGAACCUACGGCAACUGCACAGAGUGUAUCUCUUGUACCAUCAGGACCACCAUCACCGAUGCAGGCUCCACCGAUGGCAAGUGAGCCUCCAUCACCGUGUCCUGCUCCGAGUACAGUGCAGGUGUUCGAAGAAGAGACGCGCAUGAGUGCCGAGGGUGCAGUAGUUGGGAGAAUGGCAGAGCCUGAGAGUGCAGAAGGCAGUCGGGCUCAGUCUCCAGUGCAGAUCCCUGACAAGAUCCCUGUGGCCAAGACACCAGGUGCAGAAGGAGUUGGUGAAGAAUCUCAGGGCAGUGUGAUCAGCACAGCGACAACUGAAAGCGUGAAAAAGAAGAAUCGUAUGGAGGUGUGUGACGCAGAAAUCAAGGUGUUCACAGUGGAUCAGAUAGCAGAGUACCAGUGGCCAGAAAAGUCUGGCGAUCACUUGAUGAUUCAAGAGCAAAUCUCCGAGUACCUCGGUAUAAAGUCUUUCAAGCGAAAAUAUCCUGACCUUCAGCGACGUCCCAUAGAUGCCGAAGAGAAGACCUACCUUCGUGACAAAGGGCUUGUCUCCGAAAACAUGUGUGACAUGGGUCUAACUGCAGUACUCUCGUCAGAAGUGUUGGAUAUCAUGUACACAGAUUUCCAGGACAAGUACGAAGAGUAUCGCCGAUAUCUCCGCGAUCGCCAGGCAAAGGAACUUAGCUCUAGGCAGAAAGCAAUGUCCUCUCUUGUAGGUACCGGGAAUCGGCAGCAGGACACCAAGGAGAAAGCUGUCCAGUCUGCAGCCGAAUGGAAUGCCACAUUCAAUCGUGGUCGUCGCGACCAGCGCCGUUGCUGCUUUGAUCUGCAGACGUUCACCAUCCACUACCCGCAUAAUCGUGCAGUGAAAAUGGUUCCGAAGGAUGUUCCCAAAAUUGGAUAUUACCCAGUCGCGCUCAUUCCUGGACAGUAUACUGAUUAUUAUAAGAGCUAUACACCUGCGGAGCUCCGCUACUUCCCUCUCAACACGGUGCUGUACGGUCCGCUGAAGCCCAACGAACGACACCAGGAGCCUCUGCCAGGCUCUGGCGGUGGCGGCUCAGAUGGGAGCCAGUCCGACUCCGACGAUUCCAGCUCCUCUUCAGAUUCGAGUAGCAGCUCUUCGAGUGACGGGAGCCAGGAUUCAGACGACAGUGGGUCUGAAGCCGGUGAUGUGGUAGACCGAACGGACGAUAAGAAGCCUGCGGUGUCGGACGAUAAUGCAGGCGGCGGCACACCUACAGUCAACGGGACCGUCAUCAAGGUCGAAGAUGCGGCAGAGCUGAGGGAUGCGACUGCCCGGUGCAAAGUGUGUGGCGGCGACCGCAACCGCAAUAUCAAGACGGGCCGGCCGGAGCCUCUGGUCCACUGUGCGAGCUGCACACAGAGCGGUCACACGACCUGCCUCAACCUCACCGUGGACAUGGUGCCUCACAUUCGUCGCUACGACUGGCAGUGCACCGACUGCAAGAUAUGCAUCCAGUGCAAGGACCCUGCCGAUGAGGAUAAGAUGCUCUUCUGUGACAUGUGCGACCGUGGGUAUCACAUUUACUGUGUGGGGCUACGGCGUGUGCCGAGUGGACGCUGGCAUUGCAAGGAGUGCUCCAUCUGUGGCUCUUGUGGAGCGCUGACUCCUGCUGGCAAUGUUGACCCGACUACCACAAACAACGGCUCCAGUGCUUCUGUAAUAGUGAACCCACAGUGGCAGCACGAGUACAAGAAAGGAGAGAAAGGCACUAGAGUCUACGCCCAGACACUUUGUGUCCCAUGCUCCAAGCUGUGGCACAAGGGGCGUUACUGCCAGCUGUGUUGCCGCUGCUUCAACAACCGCCCGGAGGAGGAGCCGGGGCUCAUCUGCUGCUCCGUCUGCCAGAAGUGGAUGCACGCUGAGUGCUGUAAUGUAGUGCCCCGUGAAGCGAGCCGCAUCACGAGUUUCCUGUGCGAGAUGUGCCAGGAGAAAGGCCAUGCGGGACGCGCCCGCUCCCCGUCGCUCGUCAAGAUUCCCCACCCGGGACAGCCAUCCUCGGGGCCGGCCCUCUUGCUGGCAGCACCUCUGCGAGCCUGCUGAUAGGCAGAGGACAGUGUCGUAUCUCCUAGAGGCACUAGUUUACCUGAAUGUGGAGUGCCACGGUAUCCAUCUGUAUGACCAGGUCUUUGUAUCUUGCCAUGAGAUGCUACGCUGUAGUGAAUGUCACUUUCUUUUUUGUUGUGUGUGCAGAACAAGUGUACUGCCAUCUGAUUUAAGAAAAUGCCUACAAGCUUUAGCCCAGUUUUUUCAUCUGUUCUGUAAAAUGUUUUUUCUAUAAGAGUGCUAGCCACUGCCCAUCCUGUACUCAAAUUCUGGUCAGUUCUGAACUGUAUGGUUAUUUAUCUCUGUAAGAGUGAUUAUUGCUGAGGAUUAUAAUUUUUCACUGUUGAGCAGUAUUUUUUAGUGUCCAAUGCUGGAAAGGUGACUGAAUUUAGAAUGUAAAGUUGGAGUUGUACAUCACACGAAUGUAAACUCCAGAUGAUUUUGAACAAGUUUCAGUGGUAAUUAUAUGUUAAUGUGUAGCACCUUUUGGAGGCAGAGAGAGAGAGAGAGAGAGAGAGAGAGAGAGAGAGCUGUGUGUGUGUGGUGUGUGUGUGUGUGUGUGUGUGUGUGUGAGAGAGAGAGAGAGAGAGAGAAUGCAUGCAUACAUGUGUGUGCACAGGUGCAAAGGGAAAGUACAGAGCCUAUACAGUUAUCUGCAGACUUAGGACUUAAUAUAAAUGUUAGUAUGUUUAUCUUUCAUGAUGUAAUGAAUUGAUAUGUGAAUUGAGUUGAUGUGUGUUGUUUAUACGUUAUUAAAUUUUGAUCUGAAGUCUGAAUCACAUUUAUAUUGCUUAGCCAAUCUCAUGCUUUCUCUCAGUGGUAUGUCAGAAAUGUUUAGAUACUGGAUAACUUUUAAAGCAAUUUUCAUUUCAGUUAUUGAAAUGUCCUAUUGUUCCUCUAUACAGAUUUUUAUCAUGCUCCUGCUGAGGGAAAUUCACCAAUAUUUACUACUGUAUAAAUUCUGUUAUUAAAAUAAGAAAUAAAAAGACUGCAAAUUAA